CCCUGCUGCAGGAGGCGGCACAGGAUUGGACCUGAUGUCACCAAUCCCCCGUGAUGGGAUUAAACAAUCAGGAGCCGUGACCCCUGGACAGGAAGGAGGAAGGGAAGAGGACACAGAUCCUCAACAGAUCUGCAGCAGGGAGUUGUAGGAUGAAUUAAGGCGUCUCACAGCCUGAGGCAAGAAGCCGCUCUGUAGUCUGAUGGUACGACACUAAAACAAAAUCUGCUUUUCUGCAAAGGAACCACCAGAAUCAGCAAAAAAUUGUAGUAACUUUAGAUAAAAAGUUGAGAUGUAUGACUUAUGCUCGUAACAUGAUAAUUCUAUAGGCAACUGUAUGAUUGCUGCUUUUACUUAAGAUCUGAGUACUUAUUCUAUCUCUCGAAGGUCCUGAGUCCAAACCCACUCUUGAACAAGACAUUUGUGAAGAUGAAGAUUUGUGUAGCUGAGCACAUGACUGUAUCCAUUCAAACUAACGUUUCUUAAAAAGCUAAAGUUAAAGUUUGUUGUCUUUAACUCUGUGAAACUCGUCCCACUAGGUGCUAAUAACCUCCGAUUAACAUUCGAUGUGAGACAUGACGGGCCACUGAUCCUUAACUCAACCUCUAGCAGGACUCACUCUAAGCCAUUUUCAUGAUCUGGGUUAGUCUCAUCUGCUCCAGAUUAACCUGAGACACGUCACUGCGGAUCAACAGCAGCGUGGAGACGCUCCUGGUCACCGAUCACCUGAUGACAAACUCCCCUCCCCCGCUGAUCGGUCCUAUUUUAGUUUCAGACAUUGAAUCACUUUCAUUGUAGAAACUGUGGGAUUACAGGAUUUCUCAUUUACACUGGAGAGUGUGGAGGCUUACUUUCAUGUCUCUCUAAAGAUUAUGACUACUUAACAUGAACUGAAAUAUUAGGAUGAAAACGUUAUCUCAUUAUUUUAUUACUGAAAUUGAAUAUACUUUGGGUUUUGGACAGUUAGUUGGACAAAACAAGCCAAAACAAGAUAUCUCCUCAGGCUGUUCAAACAUGCUGUAGGCCAUAGUUCCUUCUGAGGACACUGUGAUGUCCUAUAUGUGUAUUGUUUUAGGGAAUUUGUUGUUUUUCAUGACCUGAGGAGUUUACAUUCUACAGUUACAUGUCUUAUUUAGUGCAUGUUUUCUUUUUUCUUUUUUUUACUUACACUGAUAUUCUCUACUUAAUAGCAUAGCAUUUAUUUUUUGUUAGUCCCCAGCAGUGUAGUAUAAUGGUGCCCUGUUUAGUUUUGGAGAAGAAAUUAAAACUCAGAACUUUAAAGGUGUUCAGAACACUGAUUGGAGCUAGAAAGAUGUCAGAGUCCACCACAUAUAAAUAAAGUAACACUGUACGAAAUUGUGUUGAAUGGUGUUUUUCAGUUGUGUGUUUUUUCAGUCAUAAAAUUGAAGGAGUUUGUUUAUUUAUUUAUUUAUUUAUUUUUGGCGUAAAGCUUCUUCCCCAAAACUACACAGCGCACCUUUAAUACUCUACUACUAGGUUAUUAUUAUAUGUUAGUCAAUAAAAUGUGCUAUGAGCAUUGAUCCUGGUAUAUUAACACAGUUCAAUAAAAAAGAUCUCUUCACAUUGUUUUCCUCCUGUUAUCUUAAAAUCUUUGUAAUAAUCGACUCUCUCCUCAAGAUGGCGGCGUUUAACGUUUUUGUAUUUUUUCCCGCUCCGAUGAUCGAGUCCGUCCCGCCCAAAUGGACGUGUCAGCCAAUAGGAGGACGUCUUUGGACUAGACUUGAAAUUCUUUUCAAAAUAAGAGCAUGUUUGUUUAAAUUAACGACAUCUUCUUUACAGGAGAAAGCACAUGCUUUUACAUCGACAGGUGUGUGUAUUUUGACAGGAAGUCACUCCUAGUGCCUGCCGUGUCGUUGGAGGGUUUGUGUGCAGCAACAAUGGCGGCUCCCAGUAGGAAACAGACGUUGAGAUUUCUCAGCCAGUUGGGAGCAUUUAUUUUAACCCGGUUCGGAUUUUGGAACUGCUUCAGCAUGUUGAUGCUGUUUGCUGAACGAGCCGACUCGAAAAGGAAACCAGACAUCCAUGUGCCGUACCUGUAUGUGGACAUGGGGGCUGCUGUGCUCUGCGCCAGCUUCAUGUCCUUUGGGGUGAAGAGGAGGUGGUUUGCCAUGUGCUCUGCUAUACAAUUGGCCAUCAGCACAUAUGCAUCGUACGUUGGAGAACAGGUGUACUAUGGGGACUGGCUUAAGGUCCGAAUGUACUCCAGAGCGCUGGCCAUUAUCGGAGGCUUCCUGGUUCUGGCCAGUGGUGCGGGGGAGGUGUACAGACAGAAACCCCGCAGCAGAUCCCUGCAGUCGACUGGACAAGUAUUCCUGGGAGUCUACCUCAUCUGUAUGGUGUACUCCCUGCAGCACAGCAAAGAGGACCAGCAGGCGUAUCUGAACCACAUCAUCGGGGGAGAGAUCACCCUCAUGCUGCUGGAGGUUCUGUUUGGGGUUCUGGCUCUGGCCUUCCUGUCCGGCUGCUACAUCCGCCUGGCGGCUCAGAUCCUGGCCGUCGCCCUGCCGCUGGUGAUCCUGCUCAUCGACGGCAACCUCGGCUACUGGCACAACACCCGCAAGGUGGAGUUCUGGAACCAGAUGAAGCUGAUCGGACAUAACGUGGGCAUCUUCGGCGCCGUGCUGAUCCUGGCGACCGACGGUUGAACCCCCUGGGCUCUCACAGGCAACUUUCACAGACCGAGGUAUCUGCGCAGGGUGAGAUUGUCGGCCUUUACGUCGCAGCUCGGCUUUGUACUCAGAGCUGCGGCGGCUGAGUGACCUCUCAGGAUUCAAACACUCCCAGCUGAGACUGAUGGAUGUACGCAGCUUUGAUUGUCUUUGCCUAUCAGACGGUAACUUUGCUGUUACUAGAAAAAGAAAAAAAAAAAAACAGGAGCUUCCUUUUUUUGCAAAUUAAUUAUUUAUUCAGAUUCUUGUUUACAUUUUUUGUUUGUGUUACGCUCUGAAACAUGACAGUGAGGGUGAGUGCUGUAAGUCUACAGGGAAAAUAUCUUUUACUCCCAAAAUAAGUCUUAGAUGGUUCGAUAAUGUUUUAUGGUAUAUGAGUUAAAUAUUUUAAAAAUAAAGGGAAACUUAAAUUUAACUUCUGCGGUAUUGUCUAUGAAAUGGGAGCGCAGCAUCUAUUUGAAAAUUAAAACUUAUGUUGCUUUUAACUUGUAUUCUUGUUCAUUUUAUUGAAUAAGCACAGCUUCUUUAUCUUCUGUGUAAGUACUGAUCACAUUUUAUAUGAAAUUACUUAAUUUAGUUACAUAAUGGAGCACAGAAUGAGAACUGUGAUGGUUUAAAAUUGAAUAAUUUCACUGAAAUUGUGCAAACUUUAAUUAAACUGUAUUUAAUAACUACA